GAAAGAUGGUGUCCCUAUAGGCUAUAAAGGAAGCACUUUCCACAGGGUAAUAAAGGAUUUCAUGAUCCAAGGAGGUGACUUUGUAAAUGGGGACGGCACUGGAGUAGCCAGUAUAUACAGGGGUCCGUUUGCAGAUGAAAACUUUAAGCUAAAGCACUCUGCUCCUGGGCUGCUCUCUAUGGCAAACAGUGGUCCAAGUACCAAUGGCUGCCAGUUUUUCAUUACGUGCUCCAAAUGUGACUGGUUGGAUGGAAAACAUGUUGUGUUUGGUAAAAUUGUCGAUGGGCUGUUGGUCAUGAGAAAAAUUGAAAAUGUGCCUACGGGUCCAAAUAACAAACCCAAGCUGCCAGUUGUGAUCUCUCAGUGUGGGGAAAUGUAAAGCAAUGAAACAGAAACGU